AUGCUGGCCAAGGGUCCCCUGGGGAGGCUGGGGGAGGGUGUCCCCACGGGGCCACGGAGCUGCUCCUUCGGGGACCUGCAGGUGUUCUCCCUCACUCCCUACGUGCUGAACGUGACGGCUCUGAACCCCCUGGGCACUGCCUCCCACCUCCUGCCCUUCCUCCUGGAGAACAUCAUAAAGCCAGACCCUCCUGAGGACCUGCAGGUCUCACCUAUCCCAGGGGAGACCAAGAAGCUGCUGCUGGAGUGGAGCCCACCAGGGUCCUGGCCCUUCCCAGAAUACUUCCCACUGAAAUAUCUCAUCCGCUAUGCCCAGGAGGGGGGCUCUGUCACCAAAACGAUCGGGCCGUACGAGCAGACCUCACACAUCCUGACAGAGGUGCCACCUGGGACCCUCCACCACAUCCAGGUGGCUGCCAAGGACCUCACAGACUCCGGGGAGGUCAGUGCCUGGAGCCUGCCGGCCUCAGGGACACCCUGGAUGGAGCCAUGA